AUGACUGCUAGCCGUGAAGACUCUGUCUACCUCGCCAAGCUCGCCGAGCAGGCUGAGCGUUACGAGGAGAUGGUCGAGAACAUGAAGGCCGUUGCCUCGUCCGACAAGGAGCUCACCGUCGAGGAGCGCAACCUCCUCUCGGUCGCUUACAAGAACGUUAUCGGUGCCCGCCGCGCUUCGUGGCGCAUCGUCUCCUCCAUCGAGCAGAAGGAGGAGUCCAAGGGUAACGAGGCCCAGGUCGCCAUGAUCAAGAGCUACCGGGAGAAGAUUGAGGCCGAGCUCGCCAAGAUCUGCAAGGACAUUCUCGAGGUCCUCGAGCACCACCUCAUCCCCUCGGCCGCCUCGGGCGAGUCGAAGGUCUUCUACCACAAGAUGAUGGGUGACUACCACCGCUACCUCGCCGAGUUCGCUACCGGCGACAAGAGGAAGGACUCCGCCGACAAGUCGCUCGAGGCCUACAAGGCUGCCUCGGACGUCGCUGUCACCGAGCUCCCCCCUACUCACCCCAUCCGUCUCGGUCUCGCGCUCAACUUCUCCGUCUUCUACUACGAGAUCCUCAACAGCCCAGACCGUGCUUGCCACCUCGCCAAGCAGGCCUUUGACGACGCCAUCGCUGAGCUCGACACCCUGUCGGAGGAGUCCUACAAGGACUCGACCCUCAUCAUGCAGCUCCUCCGUGACAACCUUACCCUCUGGACCUCGGACAUGCAGGACAACACUGAGGACGCCAAGAAGGACGAGGAGGCCAAGGAGGAGGCCCCUGCCGCUUAA